GAGCGGAGGGCGAACCCGCAGCGCGGCCGGGAUAACAGAACCUAACAGAACUAACGCGCGGCAUUCCCAAGUGAACUUAAUGAGGGAGUUAGCCCGCUAAUUAACUGCCAGCACUAUAAAAGCACUUUAAGCAGGGGUAAAGGAAGGGCUGCGAUCCUGAAAGAAGCCUAUAGGCGUUGAAGGCAAGUAGGGCUCUUCUUAUUUCCCAGGGACUCCUGGCUCCUCCGGCGCUGCGCCAUGCUGUCCUCCCAGAAGCACAGCAUCCUGACCAUUAAGGACCUUCUGGACAACGGAUUUGUGGCUGGGGCCUCUGGGCACACCCAUUUCUCUCCUGUGUGCAGUUACUACCUGGACUCCAGUAGCGCCCCGAAGCAGAGUGCCUGGGAGCUGCUGGCAGAUGUGGACACCACGAGGGGCAGCCCUGUGUGUAUGGUGGCACAACCCAUGGGCAGCGGAGUGAGGGCCGGCCUGGGCUCCUCAGACCUCAGCUUCCUCUCCUUCUGCAGGAGCCCCUCCGGCCCUGCUAUACUCGACCUGUCAGCUGUGCCCUGCGAGCUGCCUGCUGGGCCUGGAUGCUUACUGGAUGUAACAUCAAGGAACACGUCCACACCGUGCAAGGCUGGGAGGAGCCUCAAGGAGAGAGCACUGUCCCAUAGCACCGAGCUGCUGAGUGACCUGCUGUCCCCUGGGAAGCCCCCAGCAGCCAGGUGGGAGAUCUCAGAAAUAAAGCCCUCCCUGGACACCAGCCUGCCCCUCGAUAUGAGCUGCUUGAGCUGCUCCAAGCCGGACAUAUCCCUGCUGGGCACCCCUGUAGUGCUCCCUGUGUCCUGGCCCAGGAGACACGUGGCUCUGUCCCACGAGGCCCAGCUGGGCGAUACAGAGCCCAGCUCCGUGCUCCUGCACCAGGCCCCGUGAUGCCUCGGCCCUGGCACAGCGGUCCCAGCCGCACGGUGUGGGGGAACACGGUGAGGUUUUUCUCCUCAGCGGGAGGUGACUGCGGUGCGAAGCCGAUGGCAGAGCCCUGCGAGCUACAGCCUCCAGCCCAGCUCCCCGCUCCUAUCCUACUGCUGUCUUUUGUAUUAAGGUAAUAAAAGCUUUAAACUUCCCCCUCUGCGCCU